GAGCCCCCAGACGGUUACGUCCAACGACAGCGUGCAAGAUCUACGCACGGCCAGCAUGAAGAGGGGGUGCAAGGAGGAGAGGCACUUGACCUGGAGGGGCAAGGGCCGGCGCAUCUUGUUGUCUAUGGAGUUCCAGGCUUUCAUGACCAUCGUCAUUCUCGUAGACGUUGGUGCCUUCGUGGUCGAGGAAAUCAGACUGAGGGAAGGUCACCAAAGCCUCGAUGGGAUUCUCUUCAUCAAUAUUAUCACCCUGAGCUUGUACUCCAUGGAAAUUGUUGCCAAGCUGGCAUGCUUCGGUCUGCGCGGAUUUUGCCGGGACGUGUGGAACAUCUUCGACCUGAUCAUCGUGGUCCUCUCCGCAAUGCUCUUCUCGGGGCCUGGAGGCGCCGUGGUCGCCGCAAGGCUGACCAAAGUCGCCUUCCGGUUUGCCAAGGGCCUCGCGAAGACGUUGCGGGUUUUCCUGCGCCUCAAGCCAAUGAGCCAGGCGGCCAAGUCCAAGGUGUCGAAAAAUAAGAUGCGGUACGUCGACAUGGAGAACAACUUCGACCUGGACCUCACCUAUCUCGUGACCGCGAUCUGA